UUUGAGUGACGGUUAGCGACAUUCUGAAUGUUAUUUGUCAAGUGACUAGGAAGCGAAACGCUGGAAAUCGACAGCUUAGAACGCUUAAAGAAAAAAAAAGAAUAAUUAUAAAUGGUAAACGUUUCCAACCAAAUAACAGUGUUUGAUAGUGGGUUAUCAUAACUCUUUUGUGAAGAUUUCCUUUUAACACCGAUGCUGGAUUCAACAGAAGUACCUCCCCCUUGUGAAUGAGAUAGACUGAAGCCGCACGCGACAUUGGCAGUUAAAUCUUGAUGGAGAACUGAGGUGGAGAGUUUUUAUUGUUUAUCAACAGUCUGUUAAUUUGGUGUUAGAGGAAAAUUAUAGGUGACAUUUGUCGGAUUUUAACGGGUGCAGGAACACGAUUUAUGUCUUAUCGAGUUUAGGGAAGCAUGUGGAAAUUGACACUGUUUGGGAUAGUGAUGAAACCCUGGCUUUGAUUUAUCUUCUAAUAUGAUCCCUCCUUAUGUCAGAUUUACCAUGGAAAUCGACAAGUGUUCAAAUUCAAAUAAAUUCGAGAGGAUGCUGAUUUUGGCUGUCUUGGUAUCCACUGUGGUGACGAUCUCUGCACUAGGUCCUCCAAAAUAUGUCGGUGACGGCAAAGGGAGACAAAUAGCGAAAGUGAAUCAUACGAAAAAAUUACUGUGUCAAGUGGAAGGAGAUCCGUUUCCAUUUAUAGAAUGGAAGAAAGACGGUGAAAGUAUAAAUGAAUUAUGGGAAAAUCAUAAAGUGCUAAAGGACGGGUCUUUACGGAUUAAACAGAUAGAAGUAGAGAAUGCUGGGAGAUACGUCUGUAAAGCGACCAACGGAUUCGGCAGCAUCAGUGUUAACUAUACACUAAUCGUUGUUGAUGAAGAAAAAGACGUGGUAUCUGUGGAUGGAACGCAAGUUUACGCCAAGUCUCACGAAGAGGACCUGACCAAGGAAGGAGCGUCCCCUCGGUUUACCAACCCUGAGAAGAUGAAGAGGCAGAAGAUUACAAGGCCGGUUAACAGUUCUCUGCGACUCCGAUGUAAAGCCACGGGAAACCCGCGCCCCCAGAUUACGUGGAUGAAGGACCACCACGAGCUUUACCACCACGACGUCGGACGGAAAUCCUCCUGGAUCCUACGGCUGCCGGAUUUACAGCAGACAGACUCUGGACUCUAUACCUGUGUGGUCAGGAAUCGUCUCGGGUCCAUCAACUUUACCUACCAUAUAGAAGUCAUUGAUAAGAUAAUGGCCAAGCCCGAGUUACUGGCGCCCCACCCCCUCAACACGACGGUGAUGAUUGGAGAGAGCGCUCAGCUACAGUGUCGAAUCAACAGCGAGAUGGAACCACAUAUUCAGUGGCUGAAGAGAGUUGACGACCCUAAAUUCAUGUCCAACAACUCUAUAAAGCUAAAGGGGCAACCCUUCAUCAUCCUGAAGACGAGUGAAAUCGGGAGCGGAUCCGAUGGCACGUACCUCAACAAAUUUGUAAUUCAUCACGUGACGGAGGCCGACGGAGGAAUGUACAUCUGUCUGGCUGCCAACACCAUGGGCUUCAGUUGGCGGAGUGCACAUCUUAUUGUUCAAUCUAAUCAUCCUCAUAACCAGUAUGCCUACACGAUUGACCGCAGUAACCUGAAUAUUCCUCUGGUUGUGGGUGUACCGGGCGGGAUUCUUCUCGUCGUUAUAGUCAUUGCGUUCCUUUUCUUCCAACGUAGACGACGAGCUCAGUACCACCAGGGGUCAGUUGUGAACGGACCUCAUUUCAACAGAGUUCCAACGCAGGACCCCGAGCCCUAUCUGGGGGUCCCACACACGAAUGAUGUCAAAACAAACAUUCACGUGAACCCCAUACAUGGACCACAACACAAAAACUUAUAUGCGGGCGUGCCUAGCCCCCAUCUUAUAGUGUCGAGUCGUGAAAUGCUAUCUAAAAAUAGCCAGAGUAUAGACUUUUACACAGACAUUUCGUCCGUUUCACAGAGUCAUCAUAAUCCGCAUCAUCACAUGCAGCAGUAUUCCUAUAACGGACCCUGAACUCAGUCAGGAGUUCUAAAAAUACCUCACUUCCUCUGUUUGACUACAAACAACUCACAGGAUCUUGUAUUCUGUGUGGAACAAUGAGUCAUUCUGAUUGGUGGAGAAAAGCAUUGCAGUCAUGGAAGUCUACCUGUGAUUGGAUAAAACAUUUCAUUGAUACAAAGAAACCUGUGAUACAUACUUCAAGUCACUGACCAACUGGUGCUGUUACUCAGGUGUGUUUGGGUGGAAAUACUUGGUAUGACAAUGGGCACAAAUUGUACUCCAUAAAAACUACCCAACUGAUAUGUGAAAUUGACACAAAAACCUAUAUGACACAAUACUAUGCUUGAGACUGCAUUCUGUGAUAAAAGAUAGGGCCAUUAAAGGAGAAAGUUUACCAAAGAUUCCCACUGUCUUGGUGUAGACCUGAGAAAAAAAAACACUUCAGACAUUGCAUUUUUCUAUGAAGCAAGUGAAUAACUUCAAUCAGAUGUCCAAUCAAGCAUUGUGCCAGUCUGAGAAUAAAAGGAGAGUGAAUGGAGUCUGUAUAAGAUGUGAUUGUUGUAUGUAUGGAUAAUUGAUCAGCUGUCUAAAGAGUUGGAUGUAUAUGUGUGGAUACUUGUUCGGCUGUAUAGAUAAUUUUUUGUAUAUAUGGAUACUUUGGAUACUUGAUUGUCAGUUUUGCAAGUGGUAUAAAUGGAUACUUGAUAGUUAGUUUGGAUGUUGUAUGCGUGUGUUUGGAUUGUGUAAGGUAUUAUAUGUUAUGUUAAAGAAUGACUGUCCAUAAAUAAGGACUUUUACCUGUAAGAGUGCAAUCUGUAUUCAUAAUGAUCUUGUUAGUGUAUGGGAGAUUGUUUCUUUGUAGAUAUUCUACAAACUGAUUGUUGUCAAAUUAAUCUUGUAAUGGGACAGAACUGAGACCCUACACACAAUACAUACAGUACAUAGGUGUCUCUAAUUAAGUGCUCUUUUUAUACACCUCACAAAUCUACACACCUGUAAUUAUUUCUACUCUUCGUUUACAAUUUACAAGCCCUCUAUAUUACCUGUUUGUAUCUAGACAAAUCUUGUUUCUGUCUAUAAUGCCUGGAAUUUCUGUUUUUAAAUAACAAGGGAUUCUCAUGUCUUAGCUUUGGAAUGGGGUCAUUUUUGGAAAUUUUGACAGAGAAACCUUGAUAUAUGAUGACAUUUCAUCUGUACCUUUAUACAUGGUUUACAGUUAUCAACUGUUCCUUUUGAGUUUAGAUUGUACAAGAAAAUCCCAGCUGACUUAAGACUUCAUGUUUUAUUAAACUUCUUGUCAGUUAUGAGGGUUGUAAAUUUUGUUUUGGACAAAUUAACUCUGGACAUGGCUUUUCAUUUGAAAUUUUCUUUUGCAGCUUUCUGUUUUUAUGUUUUAAAAAUAUAAAGGACUUGUUAAAUUAAUUUUAAUUUCAUACUGUACAACAAUUUUUUUAUUAUGAAUUCUUAAAUCAUCAAAUAAGGACACAGUACUACACAUUUUCAUUACCUUCCAAAUGAUGUAAACAGAAUUGAUAAUUUUUGGCAAUCCUCCCUUCCCCGAAAUGUAUGUUAAUUUGAAGUAUUUUGAUUACUCUUACUGAAAUGAAAAUAUGUGUACAUCUGGUUAAAAAUAAAUCUACUUUGAAAAAAAAGGCAGCAAAAAUCUCCUCAGUUCUGUCAAAGGAAAAUUUCUCCAAAAUAUAGCAACAUGUUGCUGGUGGCUUUAACUUUUCAUCAAAUUAUUUGAGAUUUUAAAUAUUUCCAAUUUCAUUAACCCUAGGAAGGGUAAAAUAUGUUUUUUUUUUUUACUACAUUAUAUUGUUUUUGAUAAUUGUUUUGUUAAUGUAUAAUGACAUUUCUGUUAAAGCAUUAUGUAUGGAAAGAGAGACAACUCUUGCAAAAUGUUUCUUUUUUUUUUUUUGAACAGGGUAAAAAUUGUUCAUAAUAUGUUGUACACAAGUGUACCAGUAAACUAUAAUAAAAAAUAUAAAUCAUUGAAA